UACCUUCCUUAUCUAUAAUGAGGACCACAACAAAUGUGUGUAUGCCGUGAGUGCUAACGUAGUGCAGACUGCGCCAUGUGAUGCAUCUUUCAAAGCUCAGCGUUUCCGAUGGAUUUCCUCUUCACAAAUCAUCAGCCUCGCUUUUAGUCUCUGCUUGGGGGCCGAGAAGAUCGAAAACUGGGCUAAAAUUAUCCUUCUGCCCUGCAAUGAACUCAGCCCAAUGCAAACCUGGGAAUGUAAAGAUGAGACCUUGUUUGGAUUGAAGGGACAGCCACUGCACCUGAACUAUGGACAUUGUGAGCCAAAAUUGAUGUUGUAUACAGGAACAGGUAAUUGGAGUCGCUGGCUGAUUUAUGGAACCAAAGAAAAUUUGUGUCCUCAUGGAUAUCAAGAGAGGCCUAGUAUAGGUGGUAAUUCUUUUGGGAAACCAUGCCAUUUCCCUUUUAAGUUUAAUGGAAAGUGGUACACUGAUUGCACAGUGGAUGGCAGGAAGGAUGGACGGCUGUGGUGCUCCACAGAAAAAGAUUUCGACACGGACGGAAAGUGGGGCUUCUGCCCCCCAAACAAUGCCCCAGUGCCCAGCAUCACAGUGUUCAGGCAGAUGCAGGACAGAGAGCAUGUGAUAGUGAUGUGUUCAUUUGGCAGGAGGUUCACUGAGAGCUCUUUCCAGCUGUCAGUGGAGGGUGAACACAACUACACACUGAAGAACCCACUGUGUUAUUCAAAUGAAAAGUGUGUGUUUGAUGUGAAAGUGAGCUCACCUGUUUCCUUCACCUGUGUGCACGAGAUUAAUUAUGCGGUGAACCAGCAGAGUGAGACCUACACCUACAGCCCAUCUGCUCAACCCAGCAACAUGAGAACACCGUAUUACAAGACACCGAAAGCUCAAAACCCCAUCACGAGCACACCGUGCUACAAGACACAGAAAGCUCAAGACCCCAUCACGUGCACACCGUGUUACAAGACACAGAAAACUCAAAACCACACCAUGAGCACACCGUGUUACAAGACACAGAUCUUGAAUCAGCAUGAGGAAGGAGUAUCUUCAUUCUAUAUCGGCUUUUUCUCCUUCAUUGUUGUUAGUCUCGUCAUCAUGACUGCGGCGGUGAUCAUGACCACCCUUCAGAGCAAUAUUAAAGGUUCAGUGAUUACUGAGACAGAUAAUGACUAUACUAAUGUAUAAGGCGACGUCAGAGUUUCUGAAGAGGAAAGAAGAGGCAACCGAUCAAGUAAUCAAUUCAGACUGAUCAAAUCAUUUUCUGCAUGCUGAACUGUAACACCCUUUCAACAUAAACACACACACACACAUAUAUAGAUGGAUAUAGCUUUUACUUUUAUGUUAAAAAUAUAUAUAUAUACAGUCAUGUGAAAAAGAAAGGACACCCUUUUGAAUUCUAUGGUUUUACGUAUCAGGACAUGAUAAAAAAAUCCUCUGGGGCCAUAUUCACAAAACAUCUUAAGGCUAAAAGUAGCUCCUAACUUGCCGAUUUAGGAGAAACUCCUAAAAAUAAUGGGCGUGUCAGUCCUAAAUUUAGGAAUACUUUUUUGUGUGUGUUACCUUGAGAGAGCAAUCAUACAUCUGUUGUGUUUUAUUUGCUUUGUUUUUUAUGAUUUAUUUUUAUAAUCAUUUAUAAUCAUUAGUCAUUAAUGUAGUUGUCAUUUAAUUUAACAUUUAAUAAUUGAUUCAUAUUAUUAUUAUAUUUAAAUACUUUAUUAUUUAAUCAUUUAUUCAUAUAGACCCAUAGAUCUUUUUUUUUUUACAUCAUCACAUUGUUUGGAAUAU